CGGAGACGCGAGGCUCAGAGCCAUCCUGCGGAUCUGCGCCUAGACUGUGACCCACCGCGCUCCAGCCCGGCUGCCCCUCGCCUCGCAGCGGAGAUGCUGUCCUGCCGCCUCCAGUGCGCGCUGGCCGCGCUCUCCAUCGUCCUGGCCCUGGGCGGUGUCAGCGGCGCGCCUUCGGACCCCAGGCUCCGCCAGUUCCUGCAGAAGUCCCUGGCUGCCGCAGCGGGAAAGCAGGAACUGGCUAAGUACUUCUUGGCAGAGCUGCUGUCCGAGCCUAACCAGAUGGAGAACGAUGCCUUGGAAGCUGCAGACUUGCCCCAGGCUGCUGAGCAGGACGAGAUGAGACUGGAGCUGCAGAGGUCUGCCAACUCAGACCCAGCUAUGGCCCCCCGAGAACGCAAAGCUGGCUGCAAGAAUUUCUUCUGGAAGACCUUCACAUCCUGUUAACUUUGCCAUCAUCUCUGUAUCAGACCUUUGAUCUCUUCCAAAUCUCACCUCUCUCCCCUAAUGCCCUCAAACCUCAGCAAGGCCCUUUCAUUAGAAAUUGAAAACUGUAAAUACAAAAUAAAAUUAUGGUGAAAUUAUGGAAAACAAGAA